GGCCGCCGUAGGCUAACUAGCAUUUUCGGAAGGGCUCCAGAAGUACACUAGCGCUUCACGGAAGUGCAACGAUCAGGUUCUUCUUAUGGGUCUGGAGGAAAUCAGGUGCGUGUGUGACUUUAUUCCUGGAAGUUACCUUUGUCUCGGCGGAAGAUGAGGGAGGUCCGUGGACACGAAGUAGCGCAGACCCCUGGAGUUCUUGGCGGAGGUGGCGGAGGUGUCCGACAGGUGCCUGACUGCCCCAGACUCGCCGGGCUGUGGUCGGGAUCCUUUGGUGUCACUACCGUGUUUGAGGGCUUGGAGGGAUCAGCGACAGGUCGCUGCCGCAUCGUCACAGACAGAAACAGACUAUUGCCAGCCGUCAGUAGUAUUUUCUGAGCUUUUUUUCCAUCCUCUAUCAAAGAUCCUCAGUUCUCAGGAGCAAAAGAAUCACAUAAAGGAGGAGGAACUUACAGCAUCGGGGUAUCGGCAUUAGAGCGGAAGACACCAAGAAAGCAUCCCAGUGGCCAUCAGUUUUCCAGGGGGAAAAAAAAAAGAAAGAAAGAAAAUGAUCCAGGCCCAGGAGUCGCUGACACUGGAGGAUGUGGCCGUGAGGUUCACCCGGGAGGAGUGGCAGCUCCUGGGCCCUGCUCAGAAGGACCUGUACCGGGAGGUGAUGCUGGAGAACUACAGCAACCUGGCGUCAGUGGCAGGGUAUCAAGCCAGCCAGCCCGAUGCCCUCUCCUGCUUGCUGCGUGGAGAACCAUGGGCGGUGGGGGAUGAGCACCACUGCGGACCCCAUCCGGACAUUUGGAAAGCUGGUGAUGAUCUGCCAAGUCAUUCACGAAACAAAAGCAAGGUGAACAGGUCAGAAGAGUGGCAUGAACAUAAUACAUGUGAAAAUGUUCAACAGAGCAAAACUGAAUUUCUGUUGAGGCAAAAUCAUGACUUGUUUCACUUACAUGGAAAAAGUAUGAAGUCAGAUUUAACUUUGGUUAACCAGAGCAAAAGCUGGGAAAUAAAGAACCCCAUGGCAUUCCCUAGACAUGAGGAAUCCCUUUUCCCUGCUAACUGUGAAAAAUUCCGUACUGAAAUUCCAUUUCCUGCAAGUCAAAAAUGCAUCAACCUUAAGUCUCACUUCAGUAGCCCCAAGCCUAAGAAGACUCAAAAAGUAGAGAAACGUCAUGUAUGCGGAGAAUGCGGGAAAGCCUUUAUCAAGAAGUCUUGGCUUACCGAUCACAAGGUCAUCCAUACUGGAGAGAAACCCCAUCGCUGCAGUCUGUGUGGGAAAGCCUUCUCCAGAAAGUUCAUGCUCACUGAGCACCACCGAACACACACGGGAGAAAAACCUUAUGCAUGCACUGAAUGUGGCAAAGCUUUUCUCAAGAGAUCACGGCUCAACAUCCAUCAGAAAACGCAUACAGGAGAGAAACAGUAUAUAUGCAGUGAGUGUGGAAAGGGCUUCAUCCAGAAAGGAAAUCUCAUUGUACAUCAGCGAAUUCAUACAGGCGAGAAACCUUAUAUGUGCAGUGAGUGUGGAAAAGGCUUCAUCCAGAAGACCUGCCUCAUAGCACACCAGAGGUUUCAUACCGGGAAGACUCCCUUUGUGUGCAGUGAAUGUGGAAAAUCCUGUUCCCAGAGGUCGGGUCUCAUUAAACAUCAGAGGAUUCACACGGGAGAGAAGCCCUUUGUGUGCAGUGACUGUGGGAAAGCCUUCAUCACAAAGCAGAAGCUCAUUGUUCAUCAAAGAACUCAUACAGGAGAGAAGCCCUAUGGCUGCAGGGACUGUGGGAAAGCUUUCGCAUAUAUGUCUUGCCUCGUGAAGCAUAAGAAAGUACACACAAGGGAAAAACAGAGAGAUACAACGAGGUCGGAAAACCCUGCUGAGAGCGACAGCUCAUUACACACUGGCGGUGUCGUACAGGAGACAAAACGCAUUAGCACCCUGAUCACCCAGGUGCCUUCUGUGGCCUCUCCAUCAACACUAAACGUUAGUGGCCUUCUAGCAAACAGGAAUGUAGUCCUUGUGGGGCAGCCAGGGGCCAGAUACGUACGGUUAGGAAACAACAGAGAGUGGACGCGGGAGAGAGACCCGAGGAAUGCGGUGAAUAUGGCUGUGCCUCCAGUUGUCAAUUAUGUCGUUUUUUAUGUCCCAUAGGAAAGCACUCAGAUACAUCCUGUGUGGAAAAGCACUGAGCAGAAGUUUCUAGUUCUUUGUGUGGCUGGGAAACAGCGGGAGAAGCUGUAUACAGGCAGAGACUAGACAAGCCCAUACCUGCAUCCUCACUAAAGGUUGCAUUGUUACACAGACACCACCAAAACAUGCCCAGGAGUUGCUGUCCUGUUGAUUAAAUGAGCGAAGGAAGCCUAAGUUCAUUUAAGAGAAGGAAAUAAGUAUUUCAAGGUUUAAAUUGGUAUCUGGAAUGUUGCUGUGAACGAAAAAAAAAAAAAAAAAAAACAGGAAGUUAUGGCUGUCAAAGGGUUAGCAUCGGGCCACGAGCCUGUGGAGCACAGCCAUGUCAGUUCUGUUUUCUCAGUCCAGUAGCUCAGGCUGGCCUCAAACUCGCAGCAAUCCUCCUGCCUCAGCCUCCCAAGUGCUGGGAUGACAGGCGUGCACUACCACACCUGGCAAACUUCGAGAAUUUUGCAGUAUAUAAAGGCACCUAAGAGCAGCCUCCCAUCGAGUCAGUUUUUUUAUCUAACAAGUGUUUGACAAGUGCUUUCCUCGUACCUAGUCCUGCUCUAGGAGCUUAGGUUUCAAUGGUGAACAAAAGAAAAUGUCCGUGGUCUUUUGGAGAGAGCGUUGAGCUAGCUGGAUUAUGUUUAAGUGCUAUCGGUACGCUCCGGCCAGUCUAAGGAGGGGAUACAAACACCUACGUUAGGUGAAAUGAAUGUGAGUUAAGUCUCGCAGGGAUAUAUAUAUGAUGGUUCAUUGUUCAAGGAGCAUAUUGUUUUGAGGAAUGGGGAACAUUUGUUUACAAUUAUAUUUAAAACGCCUUAGAGCACAAAUAAAUAUAUUGUUUUUUCAUGC